AUGGUGCUCGUCAUGUCGCUGUGGGACGACCACUACUCCAACAUGCUGUGGCUCGACUCCACCUACCCGACCGACGCCAGCCCUGAUGAGCCCGGCAAAGGCCGCGGUACUUGCGAGACGUCCUCGGGCGUGCCGAGCGACAUCGAGGCCAGCCAGGCCAGCAACCAGGUCAUCUACUCGAACAUCAAGUUUGGCCCCAUUGGCUCGACCUUUAAGCAGCCGUAA